UUCAAGGAGAAGGGUGGGGAGGGGUCUAUGGAGCUGGAGGAGAUGCAGUCAGAUCGGAUGAAGGUGCUUCAGCUGGAUGUCUGCAGUGAGGAACAGGUGAACAGAGCUGUGGAGUACGUUAACACACACCUGGACGACUCACAGAGAGGUCUGUGGGCGGUGCUGAACAAUGCAGGUGUGUCUACGUUUGGUGAGGUGGAGUUUACGACCAUGGAGACGUACCGCCAGGUGUCAGAGGUCAACCUGUGGGGGGUUAUCAGGGUCACCAAGGCCCUCCUGCCCCUCAUCCGUAGGGCCAAAGGUCGUGUGGUCAACCUGGCCAGUAUGUAUGGGCGGAUGGGCAAUGCCCUGCGUUCUCCAUACUGUGUGUCUAAAUAUGGUGUGGAAGCAUUCUCCGACUGUCUACGUUACGAGAUGAAGGCCUGGGGGGUCAAGGUCUCCGUCAUCGAGCCGGGGAACUUCAUUGUGGCCACGGGCAUCCUGACCCGGGACAUUGUGGCGACCACGGCUGAUAAACUGUGGCGCGAGGCGCCCCCUGGUGUCCAGGAGGACUAUGGCCACGCCCACUUCGACAAACAGAUGGCUCUGAUGAGGUCAUACUGUAGCAGCGGACAGAAGGAUGUCCAACCCGUCCUAGAUGACAUCACCGACGCCAUCACGUCACGCCGCCCGUUCACGCGCUAUAACCCCAUGGAGCCUCAUUGGUGGAUCAGGAUGCAGGUGAUGACACACCUACCGGCCGCCAUCUCCGACCGUCUCUACUUCUGAACUCGAGGAUCUCCGACCGUCUCUACUUCUGAACUAGAGGAUCUCUGUCUCUGAUCGUCUCCAUAUGUACAGUAUAUCAUAUUGCAUUAGGGUUCCGUUCCACUUUAGAGUCUUAAAUUGGCAUAUUCUCUAUGGAAAAUAACAAGCUAUUGAUUCUCAAUAUGUAAAUCUAAUUUGAAUGAAUUUCCUGACUUGACUGAUUUAAGAUUUGCUGUUCCCCUUGGAUCAUGGGGUCCAGGGACCACUGUUGUAGGGGUCCAGGGACCAAUGUUGUAGGGGUCCAGGGACCACUGUUGUAGGGGUCCAGGGACCACUGUUGUAGGGGUCCAGGGACCACUGUUGUAGGGGUCCAGGGACCACUGUUGUAGCUAAGGAUUGCUUGACACUGGAAAUCUGUGAUUUGAGCCAUUUUGAACAUUAUGCACUAUUGUCUUAUCUACAAUAUACACGUUAUUCCACC